GCGAAACAGGACCGUAGAGAAUUCCAAUUUAUCCUGCGUCAAACAGUAAUUAGUGACAGAUGCGUCACUCGUUAACAGACAGUACAGCCCUCUUGUGGGACGUAUCAUGAAAACAAAACUUUAAGUGAUUACGACAGGUAACUACGACAAGUUAUAAAUUAUUAAAGAGCAAGGGAAAAAAAUCACUAUCUUCCAAAAAGAAAGGAUAAUAAAGAAAGAAGAAAAGAUAGUGGGGGGCAGAGAAAGGGUGGGGAGAGCUAGAGGUGGUGAAAGAUGAAAACAAAGAACAAGUAACUUUUCUCUAAAGAAAAAAAGAAAAAGGAAAAAUUAGGUUAAACCUUUAUUCAUACUUUUUAAGUCAUAGCUUUUCUUUUGCUAUAUAUUUAUUCAACCAUUAGUGAAUAUUACUCAAAGUUAUAACUAGCAAAAUAAAUAUAUAUUUCCCUCUCUAUCUCUGAGGAUCUCUUAAGCUUUGAUAGUGAAUAAAUAAAACACGGGGGGAUUUUGAAUAAUCUAAAUAUAAAUGAUUGAUUAAACAAGCACCAACCAGCUAAGAGAACAAAAACAUUUCACUGACAGAGAUAUCAAAGUUUAUAAUAAAAAAAAAAUUUAAUUAUUGAAAACAUAAACUUAAACUCGAUGUUAUUAAUUAUACCUUAGAGAUAUAAGUUUUUAAUAUGAAAAGGCUACUAGGUUGAAUAAAUAAUCAUUUUUUAUAUUAAAGACUGGCUAAUAGCUUGUUUUAGCAACUAUGUUUGUAUAAAUGCGAAAAGAUAUAGUCAGUCUUCUUCCACUUUCAAAAAAUGAUUGACUAAACAGUCGGCAGACGAGACGAGCUUGAAUAUUUUAAUCACAAGUUUAAAAACUUUUUAUUAUUAAUCGUUCAAUUUAAAUUUAUAAAUUAAAUAACUAUCAUCGCUCUUGAAGCAUCGUAAGUAAAUAUUUAUUAUCAGCACUCGAAUGGAAUACAUAGACAAUUCUUUAUAUUUUUCAAACAUUUCAUUUAGUAUCUUAUCAUGUCGUCCGAAAUUCAUUUGAUGAAAAAGAAGAAGGGGAGGAGGAGGAGCAUUUCGUUAAAUAUGUUUAAUAAGACCGGAUAUUCAAUUGAUUCCAACAGGAAGAUAUUGUCCUUCGAAAAGGGAAAAGAAUCCAAAUUUCUAAGGGAACAAAGAUUAAAAAAAGUACAAGAUAAAAGGACGCCUAUUCAAAAAACCAAUGAGAAGAUUACAGACAGGAGAUUGAAGCCAAAAUUAAGGUGGAUUAGAGCUGGUAGAAUUGUCAGAAUGCUCGUUGGAGUAUGUAUCGCUAUACGAAAAUAUGCGUUUGAAGCUGGAUUAUUAGACAAUUAUUUGGUAAACGUUAGCCACAGGCAUAAGUUAACUUCCGCAUCCAAUGGAGUUGCAGACGAAGAACUUAAAUUUAAUGAGGCUGAUUAUAAAAUAAAAAAAGAGUUUACUGUUCCAGAAGAUCUUAAACCAUUGUUCGAAAGAAAACCUGAGAAAAGAAGCCCUGAGGAUAUUGAAGCUAUUCGAAAUGUUCUUAUAAGAAUGAGCAGCUUUAGAAAAUACACUACAGAAAUGCAAAAGCUAUUUUGUAAAAUUGUUAGAUACGAAAGAUGUCAAAAGAGAAGAGUUGUCUUAAGAAAAGGCCAUAUUGGCUAUAAUUUAUAUUUUAUAUUUUCUGGUGCUGUUAAUAUAGUCAUCGAUAAGGAUGACGCUAGUGCGUUCGUAAGGAAAGAAACGGUUACACUAAAAUCAGGGGCAUGUUUUGGUGAGAUUGCAUUGGUAAAAGAUACUAGAAGAAACGCUACAUGCGUCUGCGCUAAAGAUACUGAAUUUAUUGUUGUUGAUAAAGAUGAUUUUAAAGAAGCAGGUUUACAUAUAAGACUACAAGAGGAAACUGAACAAAGAUUUGAUUUUUUUAGGAAAUGGAGCGCCUUAGGAGCUUUAACCGACGAUAAAAUAUGGCAAAUGAGUUAUGUCAGUAGGGUUGAAGAAUUUAAUCAUAAUAAAGUUUUAGUUGCAGACUCCAGACAAAAUGAAUGGCUUUGGUUUAUAACAAAGGGAUCUUGCGAUUUAUUGCAUAUUGUAAGUUUAGACAAAUGUGGAAAAUUUAAAAAUGUGGUACGUAAAUAUCAAGCCACCGAUUGGAAAUCUCCAACACCUGAUGGAGUAAGAAAUUCAAAGUUUCUCAAUCAAGUAUCAGGAGCUGUUGCUAUGGGUUCACAGCUACGAGAACGAUAUGAAAAUUCAAAAACACAAUUGGAUAAAAGGAAAAAGAAUUCGCAAAGAAUACAAGACAAUGCCGGACCAAAGAGGAAAAAUGGCACUUAUCAAGCUACAUUACUAUCUAAUGCUGGUACAAGUCAACUACAAUUGCUAGAUAUGGAUAGAGGACUAUUUUUUAAAAUUGACACAUUAAGAGACGGAGAAUGCUUUGGAAUUGAUCAAUUAUUCCCAGAAACAAAUAGGACAUUAUCGUUAAUUAGCAAGGGGUGCGAAGUUAUACAUAUUAUGAAGUCGACUUUUGUUGAAAUGAUUCAAGGACAUGCCGACAUUUUAGAAGAGAGAAUUAAACCCACGUUAAAAGAGUAUCCAAGCGAUGAAGAAUUACUGGAUCAAUAUUUCAAGAAUACCGACUGGGAGUGUUAUAAAGAAGAACUUAUGGAAAAAACAGUCUACGAUAUUGAAACCAAACUACCUUACGAACUAGGCUUAAGAAGUCGAAUAAGAAAUAGGACUUCAGGAGCAAGUUCGGCAAUGAGUCAAGUGAAUUAUGAUGCCUUAGACGGUUCGCAAUGGAAAGAUGUUGUUGAAUUUGAUCAAACCCUAAAGCCAAAAAAUCUCUUCACCAAAACCGAAAAAUCUAAAAGUCCAGUUAUUCCCUACUCCUCACUGUUCUUCCAUUCUUCAAGAAUCUCUUCACAAUCUGCCAAGCCUAGAAAGAGAAGAAUUCAAUUGAAUAUUCAAAGGCCUAGUACUGCCAUGGGUUGUUUGCAAAAUACUCAAGAGGAAACCGAAAAGAAACACGUCAACUUUGCAAAUAUUAACGAAAAGGAUGACAAGAAUUAUAAAAAUCGUACUGUGCCGAAGGCUACAACUAUAACAGCUUCUAAAGCAGUUUAUAAACUCGGUUGAAAAGAACUGUAACUCUUUUUUUCUAUUGGUUUUUUUUAUUAUUUAUAUUUAUUAAAAAAAGAAGAAAAUCACUCAAAAUCAGUUAGAGAUGAGAAUGGUGUCCUUUAUAGUAGUUACACCAUAAAUCACUGGCAAUAUCUGCGGCGUAACUUUCACUUAGAUUUUCGGCAACAAUACGUAUAAAAAAAAGUCCGUCUCUUCUUAGAAAAUAUGUAGCAAACUGUUCAAAAGUCUUUGAAUCGCCUUUUUUGCAAAGAAGCGAAUCGAAGACGAGUAAUUCUUUAGCGAAUUUUAAAUUAGCUCUUCUCGGUAAAUAAAGAUAAAUACUUUGAAAUAAACUUGAAAUUGAGAAAGUUAAAACGAAAAUCAUCCACAUCCAAAGAAAGAGAAAGAUUUUUUGAUGGAAUAGAUUUACCGGCAAGGAACAUUGAACAACAUAUUUAUGAAUAUUACCUUGUACUCUUAUAUAAAAAUCGCAGUGAGUUUUUGUUGGAAAAGUUUUGGAGAGAUGCCAAUCUCCGCUUGCUAUCAUUUCCGAUAAAAAUUCAACACCGUAUGUGUAAAAAUUCAUGUCUAAAAAUAAACUCAACACUUUAAAACUUACUAAAAUAUCGCAUACGUAAACAAGCUUUAUAAAUAUAUGGAUCACAACUAAUUGAUUUCCUUUAAGGUGUCUUUUAAUAAAACCAUUCUUUCGUUCAAGAUCAUUUUUCGACAGCAUUAGAUAUAGUUUUUUAACGAGAAAAUGUUGAAUUUUUUCCUUUCUUCUCUUAUCUCUUUCCUCGAACAUCUCUCUCGCUUCGUCCAUUAAGAAAGGUAAACAAAUAUCAUUUUGUUGAUUUAGAUAAAUCCAUACAGGCUUAGGCAAGUAGAAUAGAACAGCUUGAAAGCAUAAAAUUAAAGUUACCCACUGAUAAUAGCCUAUUCUCUGUAAACUUUCAUUUUCAGGCAGUUUUGUAUAGUUUAAAUUAAUUGUAAAUGUGUUUCUGGUCCAACAGUGCUUAUUCGUGUAAGCAAUAUGAUUCUUAGUAAAAUGAGAUGGACACCAGCAUCGAAUUGAAUUACUUGCGUAAUUCUUUCCACUGAGAAUAAUAGCAAAACUUAAACAAAUAAAAGUAGAAUACUUAAAAUGUAGUUUAUCCGCAAAAGUGUUCACUGAACUGUAAGAAUCACCGUCAAUAAGCACUUUUAAUAGUUUAUCCAUAUUUUUAGAAGUUGUAUUACUUUUUUUUUAAAUUGCAUCAAAAAAAUCAAUUUUUCAAUAAAGAAACUUUUUAAUUCUUAUCUUGAAAACUUAUGAGAAGAAAGGAAG